CAGUAUAAGUGAAAUGUUAGUUAAACUACUAUUGAUUGUCUCAAUAAUACCGGCGCUUAUCAUAAACGGCAAACAUGUUGUCGUCAACUAUGCUGCCGAUGAUGAUGGACAACAAUUAGACGGUAAUGUCGACCACCAUACUGUAGUAGUGGCCAACAAUCGGCCACCAGUAGUAAAAGUAGUAGUAGUCGAAAAUGUGGCCAAUUUUCGGUAUCAAACCAAACAACAAUUACCAGAUAAUAAUAGUACCGAUAAUAAUAAUAAUAAUAAUCGUAUCAAAAAUAAUAGUCGCCGACAGUUGCCGUCGGCAAGCGUUGACCACCAACAGCGGCAAAAGCGGGCCGUUUCUGUGAAUAUACGGCAGCCGAGAGAUACUAACGAUACGGUAAUAGACAGCACUUUACCGCCGCCGCAGCCGCCGACCAUCACUACCACUACCCGGGCAUUCAAUUUGGUUGGCAAACAACAGGCCGAUAGUUUGGCACCGUUGGGAAAAAAUCGCCGAAACACUAGCCGAUCAGCUAAUUCAAAGUCCAAAUCAAAAAACCAAACCAAUGUCGGUGUCGGUACUGUCCGGACACCGCUCGACGAGUUUCCCUCCGACUACAUGAGCGAUGAGUUUCGGUCAAAUGGCGGCUUCAUUAUCCAUAUAAUAGUAUUUAUCUAUUUUUGUCUGGCACUGGCCAUCGUAUGCGAUGUCUAUUUCCUACAGUCGCUCGAAUAUAUCAGUAACGCCCUUAGUCUACCCGACGAUAUAGCCGGCGCUACAUUCAUGGCUAUCGGUACGUCAGCACCGGAAUUGUUUACCAGUGUUAUCGGUGUGUUCAUAUCGGACAACGAUAUCGGUACCGGUACUAUAGUCGGAUCGGCUGUUUUCAAUUUGAUUGCCAUACCCGGCUGCUGUGGGUUUGCCGCCCACUGGAAUCUGAAACGUAUGCCCAAAAUCAAGUCGUUUCCCAUACUAAGGGAUAUGAUCUUCUAUGUGCUGACAGUUAUUACAUUGAUAUUAUGUAUUAAAGAUAAUAAAGUCGAUUGGGUCGAGUCAUUGACAUUAUUAGCAUUAUAUGCGGUAUAUAUUGUUAUAAUGUUUUUCAACGCCCAAUACUCUCAUCUGAUCUCUGGUGGCGAUGACGACGAUGUCGAUGAAGGACUAGAAGAUGAAGAGGUGGCACCUCUGCUGAAGUCGUCGAUAACAACAAACGGAUCCACAGCUGUAGUGUCGGCAUCACUGAUGAAACAGAAGAAAAAUCAGAAGAAGAGUUCAAUUGAGGAAGACUUUGAUAAUAAUCAUUUGACUAACAAUUAUAAUAACAUCGUCGAUGACCACAACAACGAUGGCGGCGGCGAUGAAGAUGAAGACUAUUCGCGUAUUGAGUUAACAAAAACACAAAACGGAAAGUAUAGGGAAAUUAAAUCAUCAAAAACUACUACUAAUGGCAAUCAACAACAACAAGCACUGGUAGCUAAUAAUAAUGAUGUUGCUCUCUAUCCAAAACUACCGGUACCACCGCCACCACCACCUCAUCAUCAUCAGCAGCAGCAACAACACUAUCAGCAGCAGAGUAACGGUGCUAAUGGUGGAGGAAAGCCAAACUAUAACAGUUUGAAUGGUGGCGCAAAAGUCGAGGACAAUGAUGAUGGCGGUGGCGGCGAUUGGACAGAUCAUUGGCUAAUUAGGACCUUACUGUUCCCGAUGACCGUACUGUUUGCCAUAACGUUGCCGAAGGCAACCAAAUACUGUUUUGUGGUAACAUUUUUGAUGUCCAUUGUCUGGAUAGCGGCCCUAACCUAUGUAGUAGUCUGGAUGACCACUGUUGUCGGCUAUACAAUCGGCAUACCUGAUACGGUAUCGGGUAUAACUAUAUUGGCUGCCGGUACCAGCAUACCGGAGCUUAUAUCCAGCUAUUUGAUUGUGAAAAAAGCCGGGCUGGCCAAUAUGGCCAUCUGUAACUCGAUUGGUAGCAAUAUAUUUGAUAUACUGUUUUGUUUGGGCGUACCCUGGCUACUGAAAUCGUUGAUUAUGAUCAUAACGUCGGGCAGUGGGUUUCAAUCGCUGGCCAAUACAUCCAUACCCAUCCAGAGUCAAGCACUACCCUUGACAUCCCUGACCCUGUUGAUCACAUGUGCAGCCCUAUUGAUUAGCUUGAAACUAAGCAAUUGGCGAUUAAACUUAAGGAUCGGUAUCAUCUGUACGAUAGUCUAUGUAGGGUUUGUUACCGUAUCGACAGUACUGGAAAUUAAUGUCUAAUAUUAAUAAAUAAUAAUAACUUUUU